CCGCUCAGGCUUGGGCUGGCCCGGCGCGGCCUCCGGCUGCCCAUGGGGCGCGAGGGGCCGGGCCGGUGACGCCGGACGCCCAUGGACGCCCCUGAGGAGCCGCUGCCUCCGGUGAUCUACACCAUGGAGAACAAGCCCAUCGUCACCUGUGCUGGAGAUCAGAAUUUAUUUACCUCCAUUUACCCGACGCUUUCCCAACAGCUUCCAAGAGAACCGAUGGAAUGGAGAAGGUCCUAUGGCCGGGCUCCAAAGAUGAUUCACCUGGAGUCUAACUUUGUUCAGUUCAAAGAGGAGCUGCUGCCCAAAGAAGGGAACAAAGCUCUGCUGACCUUCCCCUUCCUGCACAUUUACUGGACGGAGUGCUGUGAUACUGAAGUUUAUAAAGCUACUGUAAAGGAUGACCUCACCAAGUGGCAGAAUGUUCUGAAAGCAUAUAGCUCCGUGGACUGGUUAAUUGUGGUGGUUGAAAAUGAUGCCAAGAAAAAAAACAAAACCAACAUACUUCCCCGAACUUCCAUUGUGGACAAAAUAAGAAAUGAUUUCUGUAAUAAACAGAGUGACAGGUGUGUCGUGCUCUCCGAUCCCUUGAAGGACUCCUCCCGAACUCAGGAAUCCUGGAAUGCCUUCCUGACCAAACUCAGGACAUUACUUCUUAUGUCUUUUACAAAAAACCUAGGCAAGUUUGAGGAUGACAUGAGAACCUUGAGGGAGAAGAGGACCGAGCCAGGCUGGAGCUUCUGUGAAUAUUUCAUGGUGCAGGAGGAGCUUGCCUUUGUCUUUGAGAUGCUGCAGCAAUUUGAAGAUGCCCUGGUGCAGUACGAUGAACUGGACGCCUUGUUUUCUCAGUAUGUUGUCAACUUUGGUGCUGGGGAUGGUGCGAACUGGCUGACUUUUUUCUGCCAGCCGGUGAAGAGCUGGAAUGGAUUGAUCCUCCGAAAGCCCAUAGAUAUGGAGAAGCGCGAAUUGAUACAGAGGCAAGAAGCCACCCUGUUAGAUCUGCGCAGUUACCUGUUCUCUCGCCAGUGCACCCUGCUCCUCUUCCUGCAGAGGCCGUGGGAGGUGGCUCAGCGCGCCCUAGCUCUGCUGCACAGCUGUGUGCAGGAGCUGAAGCUCCUGGAAGUCUCCGUGCCGCCCGGUGCCCUGGACUGCUGGGUGUUCCUGAGCUGCCUGGAGGUGCUGCAGAGGAUAGAAGGGUGCUGUGACCGGGCACAGAUAGACUCGAACAUUGCCCACACCGUGGGCUUGUGGAGCUACGCCACGGAGAAGCUGAAGUCCCUGGGCUAUCUGUGUGGACUUGUGUCAGAAAAGGGACCUGACUCAGAGGACCUCAACAGGACUGUGGAUCUUUUGGCAGGUUUGGGAGCCGAGCGGCCUGAGACAGCCAACACAGCUCAGAGUCCUUAUAAGAAACUCAAAGAAGCAUUAUCAUCAGUAGAAGCUUUUGAAAAGCACUACUUAGACUUGUCUCAUGCCACCAUCGAAAUGUUCACGAGUAUCGGGAGGAUUCGAUCUGCUAAGCUUGUUGGAAAGGAUCUGGCAGAGUUUUACAUGAGGAAGAAGUCUCCUCAGAAGGCAGAGAUGUAUCUUCAGGGAGCCUUGAAAAAUUACCUGGCUGAGGGCUGGGCACUGCCAAUCACACACACAAGGAAGCAGCUCGCCGAAUGUCAAAAACGCCUUGGACAGAUUGAGAACUACCUUCAGACCAGCAGCCUCCUGGCCAGUGACCAGCACCUGACCACGGAUGAGCGGGAGUACUUCUGCAGAGAGAUCCUCAGCUUCGCCAGCCAGCAGAGGGACAGCCCAGGUCACAGGGUCGCCCUCCCUAUGCACUCCUUCGCACAGCUGUGCGAUCUCCGCUUCACCCCUGCCAACGCCGUGGUCCACGUGGGUGGCGUCCUGUCUGUGGAGGUAACCGUGUGCAGUCAGAUGCCCGUGCCCAUCCCCGUGGAGCAGAUCGCCAUCCACGUCCACUUCAGCAUCGAGAAGAACAAUUACCGGAAGACCGCCGAGUGGCUCACCAAGCACAAGAUGGCCAAUGGAGUUGUCAGCUUCCCGGCGGAGGCCUCACCCUUUCCCACAUCCCAGAGUAGCCUCCCCGCGCUGGAGCUCUACGAGAUGUUUGAGAGGAGUCCUUCCGACAACUCCCUGAACACCACAGGGAUCAUAUGCAAGAACGUCCACAUGCUCCUGCGGAGGCAGGAGAGCGGCACGUCCCUGGAGGCGUCCUCGGGCCUGGCUCUAGAGGACGGGGCCCAUGUGCUGAGGUGUGCCGGCGUGACCCUGCAGCCGGGGCCCAAUACCAUCGUGUUCAGGACGCAGGCCAGGGAGCCGGGAACGUACACGCUGCGGCAGUUGUGCGCCUCGCUGGGCCCUGUGUGGUUUGUGCUUCCUCACAUCUACCCGCUGGUGCAGUACGAUGUGUACUCACAGGAGCCACAGCUGCUUGUGGAGCCACUGGCCGAUAGCCUUUUGGCUGGCAUUCCUCAGAAGGUCAAGUUCACUGUCACUACUGGCCAUUAUACAGUAAAAAAUGGGGACAGCCUCCAGCUCAGCAACAUAGACGCUAUGCUUAUCCUGUGUCCUGAGGAGAACAGAGCCGUGAUCUAUUCUAACACAAGAGAAAAGGUUUCCGAUGCGCUGCUCCGGGUUCAGUCAUCCGACAAGGUCACCAGCAUCAGUUUGCCGGCUGCACCCACGUACCACCUGAUUGAAUUUGAACUGGAAGUUCUCUCUUUACCUUCGGCUCCAGCAGCAGGAGGGGAGAGCACCCUGCUGGGGGUGACAGAGCCCCACGGGAAGCAUAAGGACUCACAGAAGACUGGCUACUGCAUGGCUACCACAGACCACAAAGUGUCCAUCGAUUGCCCAUGGUCCAUCUACUCCACCGUCAUCGCACUCACGUUCAGCGUGCCCUUCAGGACCACGCACUCCCUGCUGUCAGCCGGGACACGGAAAUACGUUCAAGUAUGUGUCCAGAAUUUGUCAGAACUUGACUUUCAACUGUCAGAUAGUCGUCUUGUAGACACCCAUGAUAGUACUGACCUGCGACUAAUACUGCUAAACACGGAAUCUGAACAGUGCAUCCACAGCAGGCAGGCCGUGUUCUUUGUCUGGGAGCUGAAGUGGACACAGGAGCCUCCCCCGUCUCUGCACUGCCGCUUCUCCAUCGGAUUCUCCCCAGCUUCCGAAGAACAGCUGUCUAUCUCCUUAAAGCCCUAUACCUACGAAUUUCAAGUGGAAAAUUUUUUUACCUUGUACAACGUGAGAGCGGAGAUAUCCCCGCCUCCGGGCACGGAGCACUGUAGGACGGGCUCACUCUGCUCCCUGGACGUGUCCAUUACGCGGCUUUCGGACCUCCUAGAGGUGGAUAAGGAUGAAGCCCUGACGGAAUCUGACGAGUAUUUUUCAACAAAGCUGAUGUAUGAAGUUGUAGACAACAGCAGCAACUGGGCAGUGUGCGGGAAGAGCUCUGGAGUCAUCUCCAUGCCCGUGACGGCUCAGGCCACGCACCGUGUCCACAUGGAGGUGAUGCCGCUCUUUGCGGGCUACCUGCCGCUCCCCGACGUCAGGCUAUUCAAGUACCUCCCCCACCACUCUGCACAGUCCUCACAGCUGGAUGCGGAUAGCUGGAUAGAAAAUGACAGCCUGUCGGUGGACAAGCACGUGGACGACCAGCUGGACAGCGGCAGUGUCAAGAGCAGGGGCAGUGUGCACUCGGCUGCCAGCAGCGAGCACAAAGGCCUGCCCAUGCCUCGGCUCCGAGCACUGCCCCCCGGCCAGGCCUUCAACUCGAGCGCGGGCACGCAGGUCCUGGUCAUCCCCAGCAAAGACGACCACGUUCUCGAAGUCAGCGUCACAUGACGCACAGGGCUCACACAGUCCCCGGGCCGGGUGUGUGUGCGCCGGAAGGACCCUGACUCGAUGGUGGCCUUCUUGCUCUACCUGCCUUGUGUGACUCUGCCUGGCCGUGGGAGUGUCAGAGAAGUCCCGUGCUCAGCUGGUGGUUUCCUGUCACCCGGGGUGUCAGAGGCCGUUGACUUUCUCACCCCUGCCCCGUGUUGUCCUCCAGGUUUGCCCAGAGCCCUGCCCCCUCCCUCCUCCUCCCUGCUCCCUGAAGAGCUUUGUAGAGCCCACUCGCCUGAGCAGCCUGUCAUCUGCCAGUUCCUCACCUGAAGCCCAGGUGUCUUUCAGAUGGACACACACAGGCCCUGUGGGCUUGUCAGUGACACGUAUGCCUUUCUGGCUGCUCAGUUUUUGGACCAGGUGGGCUUGUAUGUCUCCUCAGGGGGAAAGCACAGCCCUUUACCCCAGAUUAUCUGGUUGUGCUUUCCUAGAAUAACUCCCUUUCUAGGCAGGGGGGUUGGGGGUGAGGAGGGAAUAAAACCCCUUCUGUGCCUUGGGACGUCAGACUGGGAGGGCCUGGAGCAUCUGACAGCUGGAGCCAUUUUAAAGGUACUUAAAGACUAGACCAGGGCAUAAGAAACAACUCGGCACUGAAAUAAUUUAGGAAUAAACGUUUCUGGAACCCUUUCCCCCCAUGUGGAUUAGGUAUCAUAGGCACUUGGAAUUAAAUAUAUAUUUAUUUUAAUUAUCAUUUUAUAUGUGGGGGUUAAUAUGUUGUGUUUUUCUCUCACCUUUCAAGUCUUUACAUGUAAUUGUUACUGUAUAAUCAGUAUUUUUCUUUUGCACCUUAAGUCUCAGAAAUUAAGAGGUUCCAUUUAAAUGAUGAUUAGAGGGGUCUUCUCAGCGUGUUUCUAGUCUGGUUGUAUGAGGGCAAGAGUCUUGGACUAUUCCUCUCUGCUGCCUACUACAUGGCAGUCAUACCAUACAAAUGGGUUAAUUUGCUUUAGGUUGUACAUUUAAUUGUACAUAUGGUUGAUUUAUUAUUUUUAAAAAUACAUACUAACUGAUGUUUAUGUAUAAGUUGCACCAAAAAUCAAGGACAAAAUAAAUGUGUGUUUGUUUUUAUUGGUGUGAAAGUCACAGCUUGUAAAUAAGUGUUGUAUGUAUUAAACCUUUUCCAGCUCUCCAAAGCGAUGUAUUUUUGUACAUAUGAAAUAGAGAACUCUUAAUUCAUUGGGAAAGUGUGCUUGGAAUUGAACCUGACCAGAUUAAUGCAAGUGAGUGUAGUCGGUCCAGCAGAGGGUGGGACCUCAUGAAUAACCUCAAAGGUGUGAGCCUUAGAGAAAAAGGAGGCUUCUGCAGCCACCACUGUCCCUGGCUGUCACCUCCUGGUGGCCUGGGGGCUAGAAGGCACAGGGCAAAAUGAACAGAGAGCAGAGCAUCACAGUCUCUUUAGUAUAUGGUCUUCCGGCUUGUUUAACAAAUGAAGGUGGUGAUCCUUGCUCCCCUGGUUUUCAUUUAUAGAAACUGGAGAAAUGUACAAAGAAGAUAAAUACCUGUACAUUUAAUUAAAUUUUUCAGAAAUUUACCUUCCGUAUGUGCAGUUUAAAGCUAAUAAACUAAGCAAAUUAGAAGUUCAGAAUCUAAUGGUAGUUUACAGUUUCUAACAUGAGUUUGUUUUAUUGUAAAAAUCGAUGAUUGCCCUACAGAUCUGCCAAGCCCAGUGAAUGAAGAGAUCUUUGAGAUUUUAUUGUGUCGGAAAAGCUUCUCACCCAGCUGCAUGGUGAGCCUCAAGAGUCCAGGACGGCACCCUCCUCCAUGAGUGACCUUCCGGAGGGGGAUGUGGGUCUGUGCUUCCCGAUACCCAGUUGACUUUUGUGCUAGGUUCUGAUUCCACUGUGAAAUUCUCUAAUUACAUACAUAUUCAGAAGGGAAAAAAUGAAGUGGAAGUACAAAAUAUUCAUGGUGGUUUCUUAUGUCUGAAAAUUGAAUGACAUGAAAUUUAUCACAGGUUUAUAUUUUUCCUCAUUGAUUACCCAGAAGAUCUUUUGCAGUCUAAGUUACAUGGGUACCUCUGUUGUUAUUUUUUUAACAUAAAUGAAGAAUGUCACCUAAAACUUUUUUUUUAGUCUAAAAGGCUGUAACUGAAUUUUUGUUGUGUUUAAAAUAAGGUUUAUGUGUUUGAGACAAGCUGUUUUGUAGGUAAAAAUGUAAAGCCAGGUAUCGAAUAUGCAUCCUAAGAAACAGUAUGCAGCCAUUUUACAGAUAUCUGUGGAAGAUGUAAAUAUUAGCAAGUGGAAAAGAAAAUAAGUUAUAAUUUUGGUGAAUUUCAUAGGGUCUCCUAUGACUGGAAAAAUUAUAACUCUUGUUUUAAUGUGGAAAUUCUUGUAUUUAAUCUGAAAAUGAUUUCUACCUGCAACUCCAUCAUCAGCUCAGCCUCUCGUGGGCUGGGUUCCCAUACUGGUCUUAGGUGAUGGGGCUGGGUAUCCCAGAGUUGGCAGAGAAAAGACACACAGGCUUCUAGUCAAUUCUGUAGUGUUUAAAAUAAAACUGAGUUACAAAAUGAAGUUAAACACUCCAGGUGUGUAUAUGAAAUGAAAACUUGUACUACUUUUUAUAAAACAACAAACUAACCUGAUCUAAAUGUUUUAUUGUCAACUGUAAUCUUUAAAAUAAAUCCUAUUUGAUUUUAAAAUUUGAUUUUUCAUGAAAAUGCCCCUUUCUCUAAAUGUAUUCACCCUGUGCACCAGGCUGUAAGACCUGAGAGUGUGGUCAAGAUGGUUUGCUGGCGUUCAGCGGCUGGAAAAGGUGACAAGUUGGUGACUUUGAUACUGCAGGUAUUAACUCCAUUUUCAUAGUUUACUAUGAGAGUCAUUUUUCACAUUAUUCUGUAAUAUAUUGUUAGACUAAAGCCAUUGUAUUAAGACUGUUUAAAAUGUAAGCAUUAUAAUUCUGAAAAUACACAUUUUAAGAAGAAA